CAUCCUUCGAGCAUGUUAGGCAGAAUCCCAGCCUCUGCUAAAGUAGAGAGCAUGUCUAUUGCCAAUGUUAAGCGCCUUGCGUCCUAAUCAGGAAUAAGGUAUGAAUUGCGUCGGAAGUAACCCCACAAGAUCUAAUUCAAUGGGCGCCUCGAUCAUUUGGGAUGUCCUUGUUUUGUAAUGAGCGUUGAAAGAGAGAAAACCCCCUUGGAGGUCGAUUUUGAGGUUACUCAGGUCCUAGACACUGACGACGCAGCUCUAACACGAUUAGGGAUCUCCCGGGAGCUUCGGCGAGAGCUCACCUCAUGGAGCACCUUAUCAAUCGCAUUCUCAAUUUUCGGAUGCGUUGCUACGAUCGCUAGUACUGUCAAUACUCCUAUUCUUCUUGGUGGACCUGCCUCCGCGAUUUGGACCUGGUUUCUAGGUUUUUGGGGUUGCCUCGCGAUUGCUGUUUCCGUAGCCGAACUCGUGUCGGCGUACCCUUCGAGUAGCGGUGCAUAUGGCGCAACUGGAUAUGUGUUCGCCGGCCACCGAUACGGGAAGGGCAUUACAUAUGUGAAUGCGUGGAUCACUACCGUCGGACAACUUGCUGUACCCGCAUCGGGAAACUUCGCCUGCAGUCAAAUGGUUUGGGCUGCAGUUACCAUUGCGAAAGAUGGAAAUUUUACCGCAACGAAAGGGGAGGUACUGGGUUUAUACUGUCUAUUGAACGUAUUAAUGGGUGCAUUUAAUGCGCUUCCGACUCGCACGCUCAAUGGACCAACAUCGCUCUGGAUGUGGGUCAAUCUCGCCACUUCGUUGACUGUUAUUAUAGCGGUGCCGAUAGGUGCUGCUCACCGGCACGCACUUGCUUCAUCAAGAUUUGUUUGGACCGCGAUUGUUGAUGGAAGCGGAUGGGGAAAUAAACCUUUCGCUUUCUUUUUAGGUUUACUUUGUGUACAAUGGGUAAUGACGGAUUAUGAUGGUGUCGCGCAUUUAUCAGAAGAGAUCAAGCAUGCAGCCAUUGCAGCUCCUGUCUCUAUAAUCGUUUCAUUAGUCUCCACCGGAGUCAUUGGUUUUGGGGUGAUUGUCGCAUUAUGUUAUGGUAUUAGGGAUCUGAAGGCCCUCCCCGGGCCAACCAGCAUGGUUUUCCCUCAGAUAUUAUGGGAUACCUUGGGGAAAAAUGGCGCACUCGUACUUUGGAGCUUUGUUAUUCUAAUCCAGAUCUUUACCAGCUUGGCUGUGCAGCUGGCUUGCGUACGAAGUAUGUACGCCAUUUCGCGUGAUGGCGCGUUUCCAGACAAGCGCAUCCUCAGUAGGGUUUGGCGAGUCACGGAGACGCCUAUGAACGCAUUGGUUGUUACUGUCAUCCUCCAAUGUUUGUUCGGACUACUAUAUCUCGCCAGUUACACGGCGAUAAAUGCCGUUUUCAGCAUCACUGCUGUGGCCCUUGAUCUGUCUUACAUUAUUCCGACCGCAGGGAAGUUAUAUGGUUACCUCUCUGGAUCCUGUGAGAUACGCUUCCAACCAGGCCCAUUUUAUCUUGGGCGCUGGGGGUAUGCCAUCAAUGCAUAUGCCAUUCUGUGGACGAUUUUCGAAACUGGAAUCCUCAUCAUGCCUCAAGUAUAUCCGGUCACAUCUAGCACUAUGAAUUAUGCUGGGCCAAUUAUGGUUGGCGUGGUAGUAUUUAGCGGAGUCUGGUACAAUCUUUGUGGGAAACGCACUUAUUGGCCAGCUCAUUACGCAGGCAAUCAGACGGAGAAUACUUAAGUGGCAAAAUCAGCUCCCCCCCACGUUUACACAUCACUACUAAGCGUCGGGAUCCUAAUUACUAAAUCGACACCGUUUCUAUGAUGGGGUCAUAUUUGGGCCUGGUUGUAAUUUACUUCAGUAUGCAAUAUUAUGGACCGAAGGC